CUCCCGGCGUGCUCCGCGGCUCUUGGCUCGCAUCCGUCCCUUGGCGGGUGGGAAGGAGCUGAAAUGGCGGCGGCCAGUGCUGGGGCGACCCGGCUACUCCUGCUCUUGCUGAUGGCGGUAGCAGCGCCCAGUCGUGCCCGGGGUAGCGGCUGCCGGGCCGGGGCCGGUGCGCGGGUGGCUGGGGUGGAAGGCCGAGAGGGCGAGGCCUGCGGUACGGUGGGGCUGCUGCUGGAGCACUCAUUUGAGAUUGACGACAGUGCCAACUUCCGGAAGCGAGGCUCCCUGCUCUGGAACCAGCAGGAUGGUACCUUGUCCUUGUCACAGCGGCAGCUCAGCGAGGAGGAGCGGGGCCGACUCCGGGAUGUGGCAGCCCUGAAUGGCCUGUACCGGGUCCGGGUCCCAAGGCGACCUGGGGCCCUGGAUGGCGUGGAAGCUGGUGGCUAUGUCUCCUCCUUUGUCCCUGCGUGCUCCCUGGUGGAGUCGCACCUCUCAGACCUGCUGACCCUGCACGUGGACGUGGCUGGCAAUGUGGUGGGCGUGUCGGUGGUGACAUACCCUGGGGGCUGCCGGGGCCACGAGGUGGAGGAUGUGGACCUGGAGCUGUUCAACACAUCGGUGCAGCUGCAGCCGCCCGCCACAGCCCCAGGCCCUGAGACGGCAGCCUUCAUUGAGCGACUCGAGAUGGAGCAGGCCCAGAAGGCCAAGAACCCCCAGGAGCAGAAGUCCUUCUUUGCCAAAUAUUGGCACCUCAUCUUGGGGGGGGCCGUGUUGCUCACAGCCCUGCGUCCUGCUGCGCCAGGGCCCGCGCCACCACCGCAGGAGGCCUGAUGGAUGUACAUCAUUCCCGUCGUCCUGUUCCUCAUGAUGUCAGGAGCGCCGGACACUGGGGGCCAGGGUGGGGGUGGGGGAGGCGGUGGGGGCAGUGGCCGGUGAGGGCUCAGGCCGGUCAGCUUCCCUUCCUGCACACCCAGGGGCCUCCCUUUCUGCUGGAGUCCCCCAUGGCCUCAGCUAUCCCAAGAAGGGUUUGCUGGCCCCUCCUUUCCCCUGUCCCACAAGGCACCUGGGCCAGCCACUUGUCCUCUACCUUCCUGCUGGCAGAGGAGUGGCUGGACUGGGGCUUUGGCACAGGGGCCAGUGUCUCCUGCACCUGCGUCUCCUGCGCCCGCCUCCCCCGUGACCCCCUGCAGCCCCAGGGGCUUCCCUGCCCAUGGAAUAGAGCCUGUGAUCCUGGCCACUGUUCCAGCUCUGACCCCGUGUCCCCCCCACCCCGAGCCGUGCAGUCUGGGAACAUGCCGCCUUCUCUCCAGCCUCUGUGCCUUUGUUCCUGGUGGUCUUAGCCUCCUGCCCCUGGCCGGGCUAGGUGGUCCCGUCCAGCUCCUGCAGCACCCCCCUCAUUCUGAUACUGGACUGGGACGCAGCCUCCCUUCUGUGCCCCCUUGGGGGCACCCUGGGUCUCCUCCUUAGGGGCAGAGGUGUGAAAGAGCUGAGGCUAGAUGGCCAGAGGCUCCUGUGCCCCACUCCUAGCACCGUCCCUGGGGUCGAGGUUUGACAUUUGUCUGCCUAGUGCAGACAAGGGGUCCUUGCCUGGAGGGUGACAGGCCUCCAGACUUGAAGGAAAAGGUUUAAGGUAAAAAAGAAAACAAAACCAACAGUUAGUGGAGUCGAAGGUGAGACUGUCAAUAGAACCCCUCCACCCUCCUCCCCACCGCCCAGCGUCCUGCCCCGACCUCGGCACUGGGAGGGGCUGCAGCCUUUGGUUGUGUGCACCCUAAAUCUAUUUAAAAACAUCAACAAUGUGCUGAAACGUGUGAAUGUUUUGAAAAGUUAUAGUUACAGCUUCCGGCAGCCAAAAACAACUGUUGUUUUGGCAAGACGGUCCUGAUGUACAGGCUUGACUGAAACUGACUGCUCACUUGACAUGUUAGAAACCCAAGGAAUGGCCAUCCCGACGUCACUGAGGCUGUGUGAAGCUCAGCUGUGUUGUGUGACAGUUUAUUAAACUGGCCCUUGAAUGUUGGACCCUCAA